UUUGAAGUCCAACUUUCGUUUUUCCUGCUGGUUAUAUUCAGUGGACCAAAUAUUCAACUGGCUACUUGCAGUAAAAUAUCAGAACGCUUAAAAUAAAUGCUGGGUUUCAGGCUGCUAUAAUGAGUGAAGACUCUUCUGAAAACAGUGAAGGAAGUCUAGACAUCUGUACAGCAGGAGAAGAAGAAGAAGAAGCAAAACUGGCUCAAAGGAUUGCACCCCGAAUUCCCAGCUCUCACAUCCAUGACAAAAAGCAUCUUCCUGUGACUGUGGAUGAAAGAAAAUUUCUGGAUAAGCCACCUCUGUCAUACAUAGCUUUGAUUGCAAAGGCAAUACUUUCUUCUCCCACAAAUAAACUGAACUUAGCUGCUAUCUACAAAUACAUUGAAGAUAAUUUUCCUUUUUACAGGAACAAAGGUCGAGGUUGGAGGAACAGUGUAAGGCACAACCUCUCACUAAAUGACUGUUUCAUCAAGGUGGGAAGGUGCGAGGAUGGCAAAGGAAACUACUGGAGUAUUCACCCAUCAAACUUGAAUGACUUUGUUCACGGGGACUUCAGGCAGCAUCGGAGGUCACGAAAGCGAGGGCGCCAAAAGGAGGCAGAGCACUGCCUUGCUGUGAAUUAUUUCAUGCCAUGGGGACACCAUCCUUCCUGCCCAGCACCAGGUUGGCUUUACCACACACAUUAUUUUCUGGAUCCACUGUGGAAACUUCUGUGUGCUGACAGACUGCAGUUUGUGCAUGAAUACCAAAAUGUAAGCAGUGAUUUAAUAAUGGGGAAGUUUUCACCUCAAGUACAGACUGAUAAACCCCAAGGCACUUCUGGGGACUGGUUUUAUGGAUCUCCUGCCACUUCAGUUAUGCAGCAGAAUAUUUUCCUAAAUAUUCAACCAGGUUUCCCUAACUCCCUCUUAGCCUUUUCUCAAAAACAGGACCAAGGUGAAGCAUUCAGACACAUGUGUAAGUACUAGAGAGAUUAGAAGUGCUUGAAUAACUUCACAGGCAGCUUGGGACUCUGUUAAGAUACAAUAUAUAUGUUGCACAAUUUUGAACUUUUGUAUACGUGUAUGACAGCAGAAGAGCUUGCUUACUUAUAUAAGCCACUGAUUAUCCAUGAUUAUUACCUAAGUGUAUUAGCUUUGGAAUCAUAAUGAAUUUCUAAUAAUUCUACUAAUCAAUGCCCAUGCAUAGAUUACCUCAGUAUAAAACCAAUCCAUUCACACUGACUGCCCAAUGAAAUUAUUUUUUAAUUGUUAUGUAUUAAUCAUAUUACUGUAUACUACUGCUCUAUUGGAUUCAAAUUAAUACACAUGUAUGUGUAUUUAUAACCAUAUAUUCAAAUAUGUACAACCAUAUAUUUACUUUUAUAUUAUAUUGAAUUGGAAGGAUUAAUAUAUUUUUCCUUUUUUAUUUGAGAAUGUCUUUGAAACUAUACUGCUGGCAAUACUGAAUUACUCUUCUACUCAUUUAAUACUACACAUUAAUUUGUACUCACUUGCCACUAUUAGCUCUGAUACAUUGUAUUGAUAAAAAAAAUCUCUGUACAUUUAUAUAUCUUUGACUGUUAAGUUGUAUACUUGUUCUUGUCUGCAUAAUUGUUCAGAUUAAAAAUAUUCCAAAUGAAGUAGGUUUGCAAUAUUAUCUAAAAUAUGUUUUUAAGUUCAAAUCUGCUUUUUAAAUGCAUGGAUACAUAUUAAUUAACCUAUUUAAAUAAUUACUUAAAGACAACAUGGCUAAUCACCAGUUUACCCAUUAGCUGGGUAUAAUCCAUUCAAGAAAUUUUCAUUUUUUUGAUAUUUUCACCUAUUGCUUAGGCUUAUAUCUAUGUUUUUAGUUUACAUAGUCAUGUACAUAGCUACAGAGUAUAUGAUGUUAUAAAGUGCUCACUUAAACAAUUUUUUAAAAUAUAUGUAUUAUCCAGCAACCUCAUGGUAGCAGAAACUUUUGAAGUUUCACAUGGGGAAGUGUAACAAGCAUU